GUGAUGCGCUGCGGGCGUCGAUGGCGGCGUGUGCGGCAGCCGGGCGAGCCUGGGGCCGGGUCGGCGCCGCGGGGCUGCCUCCCCUCGCCGGGGGCUUCCGCAGGCAGAGCCACAGAACUUCCGUAUAUUUCCCAUGGCCGCGCACGAAAGCACCUCAUUCCCCGCAUCGGGGCCGUCAAAAUGGCUGCCGGGUUCUCCUGUUGAGGCCGGUGUACCGCUGUCAAGGCACUGCAGCUGCCGCCGCCGGUGUGCAGGCCAUUCCGCCAGCGGCCACCCCGCCUGUAGAGAACGCCCUCUCCACCGCCGACGUCAUCCAGGCCGUGCAGGAGCCCAGCUUCGCUGAGCUGGGCCUCGGCGCUUACACCCCAGUCGGCCUGAUCCAGAGUUUGUUCGAGAGCCUGCAUGUGGGCAUGGGGCUGCCUUGGUGGGGAGCCAUUGCAGCAGGGACGGUGCUGGUCCGUUGCUUGGCUUUCCCAGUCAGUUUGAAGGCACAGCAAGAGGCAGUGAAACUCAGCAGCCAUGCGCUCCAAAUUACGAAGCUGACCACCCGGAUCAGGGACGCCAAGAAAUCUGGGAACAAUUCUGAGUUUGCAAAGGCAUAUUCUGAGCUGGCCCACCUCCAGAAAACGCAUGCCAUUAACCCUCUACGAGGAUUCCUCCUGCCUCUGAUCCAGGCACCCAUUUUCAUCUCGUUCUUCUUCGCCCUGCGCAACAUGGCAGAGCUCCCUGUGCCCAGCUUGCAAACCGGGGGGCUUUGGUGGUUCCUGGAUCUCACGGCCGCCGACCCAUACUACGUCCUACCCCUGACAGUGACGGCCACCAUGUGGGCAGUCAUGGAGUUGGGGGCAGAAUCGGGAAUGCCAAACCAGAACUUCCGGAUGAUGAAAAAUGUUUCCCGAGUGAUGCCGCUCAUUAUUCUGCCCAUCACAAUCUCCUUCCCGACGGCCAUCAUCAUCUACUGGCUGACGUCCAACCUCUUCUCGCUGGUGCAGGCCUCAGUGCUCCGCCUGCCUGCGAUCCGCACCCGCCUCCGCGUUCCCGUGUAGAUCCAACGAGCCCCUGGUCUCCUGCUCGCGGAGGACGGCUUCAUGAAGUGCCUCAGAAAGGGCCCACUGCGACAGACCUUUGCCCGGAAUCCUUUGCAGCAACAUGAGCCCCCCACUCCAAAGCCACCGCCACGAAAGAGGCCGUGGGAGGACACGUUGGGCUGAGCGGCGACCCCAAGACCCGGCACGGAGGCAGUGGAGUGUCCCCCACCGCGGCUCUGGUUUUCUGACUUUUGACAAUAAAGGACCUGGAAGUCCUUUCUCCUCCUCUGGCUCAGUCGGAGCGGGUCCACAUGGAUGGAAGGAUGGAUGUGUGAGGCAGCCUCUUCCCAGGUUUUUUCUGCCUCUCUGUCAGAAGAACUACUUCCUUCCUUCCAAAAAUUAUCCUUCAGAAAUCUC